GAGUUUAGAUGCCCAAUGGGCAACAAACUUAGUAGAUGCCUGGGCUCCAAGGGUGGCCUCAAUUGUGACUGCUGUAGGCAAGAUGUGGGACCCUCCCAUGAGGCCGAGAAUGCUAAGGCUGUGGCAGCCACAGCAACAGCAACCACCACUGCCAAGCAGGCAAAAUUGGAUUUGAAAGCCCGGAAGGCCCAGGUCAUGCAGUACCUCAGCCGACCGAAGACGCCGAAGAUGCCGGAGAUGCCCAAAGGUUUGGACGCCGACACCAAGCGCUACUUAAGAAUGAUAUGGAGACGGCAUCGAAUUUGGCCUCUAGAAAAUACAGAUUUGGUCAAAGAUCUCAGUGAAGGCCCACCUGUCCAUCUUGUCCCAGAUGUGGGACCCGCCCACGAGGCUGAGAUUGCUAUCCCUGCAGCAACCGCAGCACCAGCCACAGCACCAGCCUCCACCCCGGCAAAGCGGGCCAAAUGGGAUUUGAGAGCAAGGAAGGCCCAACUCAUGCAGUACCUAGGCCUCCUGAAGACGCGGAAGACACCGGAGACGCCCAAAGAUUUGGUCAAAGAUCUCAGUGAAGGCCCACCUGUCCAUCUUGUCCCAGAUGUGGGACCCGCCCACGAGGCUGAGAUUGCUAUCCCUGCAGCAACCGCAGCACCAGCCACAGCACCAGCCUCCACCCCGGCAAAGCGGGCCAAAUGGGAUUUGAGAGCAAGGAAGGCCCAACUCAUGCAGUACCUAGGCCUCCUGAAGACGCGGAAGACACCGGAGACGCCCAAAGAUUUGGUCAAAGAUCUCAGUGAAGGCCCACCUGUCCAUCUUGUCCCAGAUGUGGGACCCGCCCACGAGGCUGAGAUUGCUAUCCCUGCAGCAACCGCAGCACCAGCCACAGCACCAGCCUCCACCCCGGCAAAGCGGGCCAAAUGGGAUUUGAGAGCAAGGAAGGCCCAACUCAUGCAGUACCUAGGCCUCCUGAAGACGCGGAAGACACCGGAGACGCCCAAAGAUUUGGUCAAAGAUCUCAGUGAAGGCCCACCUGUCCAUCUUGUCCCAGAUGUGGGACCCGCCCACGAGGCUGAGAUUGCUAUCCCUGCAGCAACCGCAGCACCAGCCACAGCACCAGCCUCCACCCCGGCAAAGCGGGCCAAAUGGGAUUUGAGAGCAAGGAAGGCCCAACUCAUGCAGUACCUAGGCCUCCUGAAGACGCGGAAGACACCGGAGACGCCCAAAGAUUUGGUCAAAGAUCUCAGUGAAGGCCCACCUGUCCAUCUUGUCCCAGAUGUGGGACCCGCCCACGAGGCUGAGAUUGCUAUCCCUGCAGCAACCGCAGCACCAGCCACAGCACCAGCCUCCACCCCGGCAAAGCGGGCCAAAUGGGAUUUGAGAGCAAGGAAGGCCCAACUCAUGCAGUACCUAGGCCUCCUGAAGACGCGGAAGACACCGGAGACGCCCAAAGAUUUGGUCAAAGAUCUCAGUGAAGGCCCACCUGUCCAUCUUGUCCCAGAUGUGGGACCCGCCCACGAGGCUGAGAUUGCUAUCCCUGCAGCAACCGCAGCACCAGCCACAGCACCAGCCUCCACCCCGGCAAAGCGGGCCAAAUGGGAUUUGAGAGCAAGGAAGGCCCAACUCAUGCAGUACCUAGGCCUCCUGAAGACGCGGAAGACACCGGAGACGCCCAAAGAUUUGGUCAAAGAUCUCAGUGAAGGCCCACCUGUCCAUCUUGUCCCAGAUGUGGGACCCGCCCACGAGGCUGAGAUUGCUAUCCCUGCAGCAACCGCAGCACCAGCCACAGCACCAGCCUCCACCCCGGCAAAGCGGGCCAAAUGGGAUUUGAGAGCAAGGAAGGCCCAACUCAUGCAGUACCUAGGCCUCCUGAAGACGCGGAAGACACCGGAGACGCCCAAAGAUUUGGUCAAAGAUCUCAGUGAAGGCCCACCUGUCCAUCUUGUCCCAGAUGUGGGACCCGCCCACGAGGCUGAGAUUGCUAUCCCUGCAGCAACCGCAGCACCAGCCACAGCACCAGCCUCCACCCCGGCAAAGCGGGCCAAAUGGGAUUUGAGAGCAAGGAAGGCCCAACUCAUGCAGUACCUAGGCCUCCUGAAGACGCGGAAGACACCGGAGACGCCCAAAGAUUUGGUCAAAGAUCUCAGUGAAGGCCCACCUGUCCAUCUUGUCCCAGAUGUGGGACCCGCCCACGAGGCUGAGAUUGCUAUCCCUGCAGCAACCGCAGCACCAGCCACAGCACCAGCCUCCACCCCGGCAAAGCGGGCCAAAUGGGAUUUGAGAGCAAGGAAGGCCCAACUCAUGCAGUACCUAGGCCUCCUGAAGACGCGGAAGACACCGGAGACGCCCAAAGAUUUGGUCAAAGAUCUCAGUGAAGGCCCACCUGUCCAUCUUGUCCCAGAUGUGGGACCCGCCCACGAGGCUGAGAUUGCUAUCCCUGCAGCAACCGCAGCACCAGCCACAGCACCAGCCUCCACCCCGGCAAAGCGGGCCAAAUGGGAUUUGAGAGCAAGGAAGGCCCAACUCAUGCAGUACCUAGGCCUCCUGAAGACGCGGAAGACACCGGAGACGCCCAAAGGUCCCGUUGAAGAUGUGCAGGCGUCUGCAGACAGCAGUGGGGAGGAGAAGGAAACAUUUAAGGCCGAGCACGACCACUAUUCGGAUGAAUAUCUCAGUGAAGACUCACUUUACUCACUUGACGAUUUUGAAAUCCCUAUGACACCGGAGAUGGCAAAGGAGAGAUUGGAAGAUUACCGCUGCUGGCUUAAGAUGGCAGAAUCUCGGCUCAAUGAACCCAUCAGCCCCCACGUUCGAGGACUUCUCCGGCAUUCGUUUUCCAAGUAGCUGGGUUACGGACGGCUGCCAUCACGCCCAGCUAAAAUCAUUUUAUGAAUGCAUAUUUCCAUCUGGGUGAAAAAAAAAUCACAAGCCUCUCUCCCUACUGAGAA